CCCGCCCCGCCACACCUAUUUCAGAAAGUCGUGGUUCCCAGUGGCUCCUUCCUUUCCCCACGUGGAUACCUGGCCUUGUAUUCCUUGGAGCGGCGGAUCUGGGGACGUCCCCGCGUUGUGUCCCGCUCCGACCCGGCAUGAACCGCUAUCUUGUGCCGGUGUCUGUGCUGGGCACGGCGGUGGGUGGCGCCGUGCUGCUCAAGGAUUAUGUCGCCGGUGGAGCUUGUCCCAGCAAGGCCACCAUUCAGGGGAAGACUGUCAUUGUGACUGGUGCCAACACAGGCAUCGGGAAGACCUGUGCUGGUCAGCUGGAACAGAAAGGAGGCAACAUCAUCCUGGCCUGUCGAGACAUGGAGAAGUGUGAGGCGGCAGCAAAGGACAUUCGCAGGGAGACCCUGAAUCCCCGCGUCAAUGCCCGGCACCUGGACUUGGCCUCUCUGAAGUCCGUCCGAGAGUUUGCAGCCAAGAUCAUUGAAGAGGAGCAGCAAGUGCAUGUCCUGAUCAACAAUGCGGCUGUGAUGCGGUGCCCCCACUGGACCACUGAGGACGGCUUUGAGAUGCAGUUUGGUGUUAACCACCUCGGUCACUUUCUUCUAACAAACUUACUGCUGGACAAGCUGAAGGCCUCGGCCCCUUCACGGAUCAUCAACCUCUCGUCUUUGGCCCACGUUGCUGGGCACAUAGACUUUGAUGACUUGAACUGGGAGAAAAGGAAAUAUAACACUAAAGCGGCCUACUGCCAGAGUAAGCUGGCCGUUGUCCUCUUCACCAAGGAGCUGAGCCGGCGGCUUCAAGGCACGGGUGUGACCGUCAAUGCUUUGCACCCCGGUGUGGCCAGGACAGAGCUGGGCAGACACACAGGCAUGCACAACUCUGCCUUCUCCAGCUUCAUGCUUGGACCCAUGUUCUGGCUGCUGGUCAAGAGCCCCCAGCUGGCGGCCCAGCCCAGCACUUACCUGGCGGUGGCAGAGGAACUGGAAGGCAUUUCGGGAAAGUACUUCGAUGGACUUAAAGAGAAAGCUCCGGCCUCUGAGGCUGAGGAUGAGGAGGUAGCCCGCAGGCUUUGGGCUGAAAGUGCCCGACUGGUGGGCUUGGAGAUGUCCCAUGGGUCCUCUGUGAGGAGACAGCCCCUCCCCAAAUAACCUGGGAGCCCGUGUGAAAGCCACCAGGGAGGCAGAGUCAUCAGGACGGAGCAAGACCAAGGAUGACUGCCAGGCCUGCAUCACCCUCUAGGUGGCAGCAUUGACCAAGGAAUGCUGGCUGCCAUGCCCACAUCACCUUCUAAAUGGCAGCAUUGGCCUGUUUUGUUUUUUUUCUCUUUUGUGGGCACAGUGGAUUGGACUGCAGGUGGGCACUUUACCGACGGGUUGGCUGGGGCACUGUGCCCUGCUGCCAUCAGGUGAGCUGAGCCUGCUGAGAGGAGCCAGCUUACCCUGGUGUGGGCCACAGUGGGGGACCAUAUAGCCAUGGACAAGUUGUCUGACAGACAUGGUUGAGUUCAUGGUUACCUGUGGGACCUUGAACACCUUCAGCCUCCUCUCCGAGCCUGUUUCUCCAACUGUAGAAUGUGUGCAAAACUUGACCACCUCACAGGAUGGCAUGAUGCCAAAUGGGUAAUUUCCUGGCUCGGUGAAUAGCAGCUGUGAAUUUCUUCUCAGGGAAAGUUUACUGAGGGUCUUCCAUGAGCCAGACCUGGCCUUGUUAUCUCCGUCAUGCUCAGGACAGCAGCUGCUGCUGCCGAGGACCCAGGAUGCCUGAGGUCGUGACCUUUCCUUGGCCCGUAGACUCUCAAACUUACUCUUUAAAAGAUUAAUGAUACAACAUCUAGCUGAGUCACAGGUUUUAUUUUCUUUCUCCGUGCCAGUGGGGAAGUGCCAAUGAGCCAAAUACCAACUCAUGUAUUUCUUCCUUUUGGGAAACCCAGAUGUCAGUUUAAAUAUUCUCAGGGCAAUAAGCCAAUCAGACAUUUAGACAUUUAAAGGUGAAAGGGUCCCUUCCCUCCUUUCACGUGGCGACAGUUGUUGAAAUCUAGGUGUCUUCUGUGUUAGAAACAGGGCUGGCACUCAGCUUGGGCACAGAAUUGAGGGGUAACGGCACCAAAAGCUUAGUAAUCCAGAUAAAUAUUUUAACAUUAAAAAAUGUAACAUUUACCAUACUUCGGGAGGUCGAAUGCUGUGUCACAUCCUACAAUAUACAGAACAGCACAGAAUGACGGCCCUGGAUGCCAGCAGGGCCAGAGGAGGGGAGCGAUGGAGGCUGAAUCAAAGAUGCCCAACACUUUAUAAAUCCAGUUAGUUUUCUUUCUGUUACCACAUCAGACCAGAGUAGCCGGGAGCUGUGUUUGGGGUGACCUGACUCUGGUAGGCAGCUUUGGAUAUGGACCCCGAUGGUCCCCACAUCCCCGUGUUCCAAACAAUACAGGAUCACCUCCCUCCUUUAAAGGAUCUGAUUAGCAACUUUAAUUCCAUCUGCCACCUUAAUCCUCCUCGGCCACAUAAAGUUGACAUGGUUGGGAUUAGGAUGUGGACAUCUUGUGUGGGGGGGGCACUACUCUGCCUACCACAUUGCCUCUUUCAAAACCUGCUUCCUUAGCCUUUCUUAUGAUUGUGAACUCCCCUAGCAUACUUCCCACCGCUUCCUUUCUGCUUAAAUUAAGUGGAAUCAGCUUCACCAGUGUUGCUUGCUAGCAAAUCAAUUGAAAUGAAUGAAUGUUAUCAGGAGCUCUCUGCCACCUGAUUUUAAAUAA